CCAAAACUAAAGUUAUUUAUUUAGGCCAAGAAAUAUCUGCUGAGGGAAGGAGAUUGACAACAGAGCGUGUAGAUGCAUUACAGCAACUUCCAAAACCCCUGACAGUUACAGGAAUGCGAAAGGAGGGAAGCCUGGAGUGGAACAGUUAGAAUGGACACCAGAAGCUGAGGAAGCAUUUACCUCUAUGAAGGAGAAACUGAUUUCAGCCCCAGCCCUGGGACUUCCUGAUGGUCGUUUGCCAUUUCAUUUGUGGACCAGGGUGGGAGAUGAGACCUACUCAGCAGUGUUGUGUCAAAAACCAGGUGAUCAAUAUAAACCAGUUGGAUACUUUUCCACAAAGAUUCCUGUUACCAUGAUAGGUCAACCACGAUGUAUACAAGCCCUUGAUGGUGCCACAUGGGCAGUGAAUGCUGUGGAGAAUCUGAUAGGUGCACAAACCAUCACAUUGCACACCCCACACAGUAUAGUAACGCUGUUGAAUAACACAAACAUCAAAACAAUUACUGAUUCGAGAAGAGCAAAAUGGGAAGCAGCUUUGCUGAACAAGGACUUGAGAGUGGAAAUCAUUAGAGACACUUCCCUUAACCCCGCAACAAUGAUGCUGGAACCACAUGAGGGAACACCACACGAGUGUGAAAAACAAGUAGAGGAAGAAAGCCAUGGUCCAGUUAAUCCAAUCCCUCUUGAAAAUCCAGAUAAAGAGUUAUGGGUCGAUGGAUCCAGUUAUUACAUUGAUGGGAAGCGACACACUGGAUGGGCUGUAGUGGAGGCUGAUGGAACUGUUGUGAAGAAAGGAGCACUUUCAGGGCAAUUUUCAGCACAGGUAGCUGAGCUCAUAGCGCUUACGGAAGCUCUUGAACUAUCAGAAGGAGAUCGAGUCAACAUCUAUACAGACAGUCGUUAUGCUUUCGGCGUGGUACAUGACUAUCUCGCCUUAUGGAAAAGACGUGGUCUCAUCACUAGCAAUGGGAGCGAAAUACAACAUGCGUCCAUAAUUCGUCGCUUGAUUGCAGCAUGUCACUUACCAAGAGAAGCAUCCGUGAUUAAGGUAAAAUCACAUCAAUCUGACAAAUCCAAAGAAAGUCAAGGAAACACGGCAGCAGAUGUAGCCGCUAGAGAAGCAGCUUUACUUUCCCCUAUUCCUGUCACCUUGGUUCAAGAAAACAGAAAGGAUAAUCCUGAGCUCCAUCUUCUGUCAUAUCACACAGAGACAAAAGAAGAGAAAGAACAAUGGGAAAAAGUAGGAGCAAAAGAAGAUGAUCAAGGUAUCUGGAGAAUUCCGACAGGACAAGUGGUAAUGCCUAUCGGAACAAGAAAAGAAUUAAUGCAGUUGUAUCAUGGUAAAGUGCAUGCUGGAGCAAAAGCAAUGAAAGCUCAAAUCAGCGAGACCUGGUGGUGGCCACGAAUGAUGAGAGACAUUGAUGAUUAUUGUAGGAGAUGUUUGAUCUGUAUAAAAGCAAAUGUGGGAAAACCUGUAAAGGUAAGAAUGUCACAUGCACCCAGACCCACAGGGCCAUGGACACAUCUUCAAAUCGAUUUCACAGGACCAUUGUCACCCAGUGGAGGGUACCAAUACAUUCUAGUUAUCAUAGAUCGAUUUACUAGAUGGGUGGAAGCAUUUCCAACAAAAACUUGCACUGCUGAAGCUGCAGCACGAGUAAUGGUGGAAGAAGUUUUUCCUCGCUGGGGCCUUCCAUAUGAAAUUGAUUCUGACAAUGGAACCCACUUCACUGGAAAACUGAUGAAGGAAGCAAUGAAAUUGAUGGGAAUUAAACAAAAGUUCCAUAUUCCCUAUAGACCACAAAGUUCGGGAAUGGUCGAACGGAUGAACAGAUCAUUAAAGACAUCUCUUACCAAAGCCAUUCUGCAGACUGGCCAAGGUUGGCAUAAAUUAUUACCUGCUAUUUUGUGGAACUUAAGAGCAACACCAAACAGAGUAACAGGACUAACCCCUUUUGAACUAAUGACUGGAAGAGCAAUGGUUCUACCUCCUGAUGCUCCGCCACCUGCAGGAACAGGAGGAGAUUCCACUUUAUUCCAAGAAAAGUUAAGACGAUAUCUCACUAUGCUGGACAGAGCUACCAAAGAAAACAUCCAGAAGGUGCGAGAAGCUCAGCAGCAAUGGGAUGAAAAACACACCACUACUGACAUUCCACACAUUCCCGAGUUAGGUAGUUUUGUUAUGGUCAAACGAAUUGCUAGGAAAGGUUUAGAGCCUAGGUGGGAAGGACCAUAUGAGAUACUUUUGACAACAGAUACAAGUGUGUGCCUUAAAGGGAAGGGUGUAGGAACAGAUAGAUGGUACCAUUGGUCGCAAGUUAAGCCUUGUUUAGUGAAUGAACAAAAUGACAGCGAUAGCUUAUGGCCUGAAAUUGAGCAAUGUUCAUCCAUUACUUUUAAAGAUUGGGUAACAAGAAGUGAUGUUUAAUGACCUCUCUGCUUCCUUUUCAGGAAUCAGUUCCAUUGACAUUGAUUAGAGAUGGUUGCAAGUUAUUCUCGAUACACAACAUCAAUGGUAUGCUUGUUUUCAAUUUUAUUUGGUGUUUACCAAGGAAGUCAAGCUUUAUGGACUCCUCGGGUUCAAGGAAUAACUCGGAAUGCAACUCUGAAAUCUGGUCAACAUUUUACUCUACCCUUUAUUUCCAAAUGGGGAUUAUGGGAUUGGGUGCCAAGUAAUGAUAAAGAUCUUGCUAAAUAUCGUGAGGGCAUCUAUGGUGGAUGUAACUAUCACCAUGAAUGUUACAAAAGUAGAGUAAUUUGGCCAGUUCAAAAUGGGGAAUAUUCUAAUAGUGGUCAAAGACAAGAAAUUUGUUCAAAAGAACAAUGUGAAAUUGUGGGGUUAGACCUCAUAACUUCUUCUAAUGUGGAAAUGAAUUUCAUAUUGAAUCGUACUCACAUGCUUACAAUAUGGGAUUCGUUGGAUCGAGGGUGUGUUUAUCCCAUAGUGUUGCCAUGUGAGGGGUUCUUAAGAGAUACUGCCUCCAGAACGACAAGAUUCAAGGGAAAUUAUUUAAGAGUAUGGCAUUCAGAAGAUGAGAACAAUUAUUGUGAAACUGAACUAGAAAAUGGGGAAAUUGGACGGUGUUUUUAUCUCUCUGCAGAAAAGACAAACAAAGCUAAAACAUGCCCUAAUACAACUAAUGUGCCAGUUCAUGGUAUCUUGUUAGCAAAAGAAACCAAAACCUUGAUAAAUGAAGCCCACAUGGUGCGACAACGUAUCAAUUAUAAUUUGAUGUCUUUGCGUACUGUUUUUGAUCAGUCCUAUUGUGGAAAUUUUACAAAAAUAAGGAGUUGGUUGGAAAAAGAAGUUAAAUAUUAUACCUCCAAAGAUCCUCUUAGUAGUCAAAAUCGUAAACCUCGAAGUAUAUGGGGAGAUAUUACGGGGGUAUUUGGUUCUGUCAAUUCAAUUAGUAAUACUGCUCAAAUGAGUCAAUUAAGUAAAUAUACUCAGUGGGUGGGAAAAAUGACAGGGAAAGGACUUACUGAAGCUCUUCAGGGUUCUAUACAUAUUAUAGCAGCGGGUCAACAUCUUAAUAAUGCUGCAAAGGAAUUGGCAGACGCAUUAGCAAAAUCAUCUAAUUUUGAGACACACCGUGCAGCGUGUUUAUUUUUAGCUCAAAAUUUAAAGGAUCAAAUGGUGGAAGAUGUUCAAGUUAUUCGGAUGGGUCAAGUUCCUGAACGAAUAGCUGAAUCUUUGUUAUUGGUUUUUGGUAAUCAACUUAAUUUAACUUCUGCCAAACAUAUUCCAUUAGUUAAAAUUGCAAUAGAUGAGAAAUCUUUAACAGGUUCUGGAGUACUACCUUUAAUUAUGGUAUGGCCUCAAUAUGGAAAGCGCAACAUAAUGACAGUUAGAAAAUUCCAGUCAAUGGGAAUUAGACAAGGAAAUUCAGUAAUUAGAUUAGGGAAAAAUGGAUAUUGGGCUGAGGGGAAACCACCGAUGAUUUCUACCAUAGACUGUUGUGUUGAGGAACAUGAGUGGGUAAUUUGUUCAUGUUCUACAAUGUUUAGUCUAUCUCUUAAUGGAUCUGCAGUUUGGGAGGUAGUUCCUUUAGAUCAAGCCACAGGUGCAUGGCAGGUGUCAGAAGCACAGUGGUGUAUAUUACAUGAUGGAAUAAGUAAAAAUAUGAUAUAUGGGGGGAAGUUGUGUCCAAUUCCUCCUGAUCCAUUUUGCAUUGAAAUUCUCUAUCCUCUUCAUUUAGGUGGAAUACAUGUUCCACACGUGCAAUUGCUGCAGGUAGAACCACAGUGGUGGAAUAAUGAUUUAGUGGAGGAAAGGAAUUAUGAACUCUUUGAAAUGGUUAAGAUAGUCAAAAAGAGUGUUAAAGCAGCUCAAGAGGAAGGAAUUCAAGCAAUGGGACAUAUUGUCGUAGCAAAGGGAGUAGCUAAAUUAUUGUCUGAAAGGAAAUUAACACAAACUCCAGGGAAUUUAUCAUGGUCAGACUGGAUAGUUCUUACUAUGGUAGGAGUUCUUGUGUUUAUGUUAAUAAUACACAUCAUCAUAUGUGUUACUAGAAGGAGAGGUAUUAAACCUACCAAACUAGUUAUUUCUAACCAUAUGGAUAAAGCAGAGAAUGGGAAAUAUAGAGUAAGAUAAGAUAUUUCAUACAUUGCACACUUAUGAACACAACCUCACAAACAAUCAACACCUGCUUACUGAUUUUCAACCCCAAGGGAUAGGAUUCUUUAACAUCAACAUUUAUGUUAGUUUGUUAUUUUGGCCAGGAACUGGAGGAGUUCAGGUACCGGACGAGUCCAGGCACUGGUGAAGAUUUAUUAAUUUUUCCUUUCCUUUAGAUAACUGGGGUUCAUUUUAAAUACAUACACAUAGACGUAAUUACACACAUAGUAUGCGGGAACAUAUCAUGGGUUGGGGUUAUUUUGUUUGUUUUGUUCUAUUCCUGAUUCCUUAUGUUUCUAUUCUUCUGUCCUUUGUGUGUGUUUUGUUCUUUGGUUUGCUUUUUCUCUCCUUACUAUCACUCCAUUAGGUGGCAAUGAUGGUGUGAAACUGACGGCCGUAGUUUCAGAAUGGGGGAGAUGAAGACCAAAAAUUUCUUAUUUUAAUAUUAUUUAUAUUUAUUGUGAAGUUUUAGUGCAUGAGUUGAAGUUUACUGCAUGAGUUAAAGUCUGCAUGAACAUGUAGGAUCAUAUGACCAGACACAGGGA